GCCGCCCCCGUCGUGCCAGCCGCCCCCACCACCCCCGCAGCCCCGGCGCCGCCCUCGCCACACGGGCUGGCCGCCGGCCUGCAGAGCGCCAUCGCGGGACUCAACAGGUCCGGCGCUCUGGACCACUAUCAGGAGCUAUCGGGCGGCUCCUCGGCUCCGCCGCCCCCGCCGCUCCCGGAGAGCGCCGCCCCCGCGCCGCCCCUGGCCCCGGGGCCGCCCUCGCCGACGGCGCAGCGGAAGCAGCACCAGCCGCUCUCCGCCAUCUCCAUCCAGGACCUCAACAGCGUCCAGCUGAGGAAAACCCUCGCCUCCAAGACCCUGUCCGCGCCGGCCCUCCGCCCGCCAGGCCCCGCUCCAGCCAUGCUGCAGUCCGGUAAAGGAGCCGCAGACCAGAACAAGCAGGACUUGAUCGCCGAGCUCAAGAUGAGCAAGGACAUCACGGGGAUCAAGAAGCUCAAGGUGGAGCGGGCGCGCACCGAGGAGCGCCACGAGAAGGAGAUCAUCUCGGAGAUCAGCAAGCAGCUCACCGCGACGCAGUUUGUCGAGAAGGUGCCCGAGACGGACGCGACGGGCAACCUCAUCCCGCCUUGGAAGCGGCAGAUGCUGGCGCGCAAGGCGGCCGAGCGCGCGCGCAAGGAGAUGGAGGAGAAGCUGCAGCGGGACGCGGAGCAGAAGAGGCUGUCGGCAAUCCCGGCCUGGAAGCGGCAGCUCCUCGCCAAGAAGGAGGAGGUCACCGACAAGGUCGGGCUGUACACCCCGCGGGUGGACGAGAAGCGUCCGGAGCCAGGCGACGCGGCCUACACCAAGCCCCAGCAGCAGCCCGAGCAGCAGGCCAACGGCCAGACCAACGGCCACCACGAGGACAGCAGCAACAAGGAGAACAGCGUGCCUCCGGGACAGCCUGCGCAGCACAACUUCGAGGACAGAUCGGACACCGCCAGCGAGACGGGCAGCAAGGACGGCGAGGACUGCCCGCCUCAGAUCAUCCCUUGGCGAGCGCAGCUCAGGAAGACCAACAGCACUCUGUCCCUGCUCGAAUGACGAAAUGCUCAAGCCUCAGAGUGUAUAUUUGUUAUGUUUUAAAUUAUUUAUUUUUGCUUCAUGCAGCUCUUUCCUUUCUCAGUAGCAGCACUUUUUAUGAAUGUCAUGUAGCGGUCAGUCGGUGCUGUGCUCAAGAUGAGACGUGACUGAAUUUUGUAGAACUGACGUAAAACUUAAUGGACAACAAACAUUUUGACUUGGGUGGAGAUUGUUAGUGGUUUCUCAAUCUUAGUCAUCAUUAUACUGUCACUUACAAUCUUACCCCUUGAAAUAUGACAUAGUAAUGAGGAGGGAUUGCCAUGUAAAUUUUAGGAAAAGGCCUUGCUUGCAUGAUCUACAAGUCAUUUGUCAAAUGCCACCCAUGCUAUCUAGUGAUCUAUGCCUGUAAUAUAAGUCAUUGUUUUUAAUUGUUAUUGUAGAUGCCUAAGCUCGUUUGCAUUUGGACAAUCUUGUUUCACUUCCUUCAAUUUUGAAUUUGGACUAUCGCAAAACGCAAACAUUCAAGGCGUUUAUAGCAAUGCCAUCACGGAAACUGAUUGAUUGGCCAAUCACGACUUACCAUUCUCAUGUUUUGAAGGAAGGUAUGUCAAAUUUUCAAAAACUUAAAUUCCUCAACUAUAGAGACAACAGAUUUAUUUUUCACUAUACCUGAAAAACAGUAACAUUUGGGUUACUUGCUAAAACAGUCUUUAAAGUGCUUUCAUAAAUAAAUAAAAUGUGUAUGCUCAGUUUCUCUGCACAUAGUACUGCUGGUUAGUUUAAAUUUCAGUUGUCAUCAUAAUACCUAUAAUGUAACUUCCGCCCUGUAUAAAAUGCAUUUAUUUUAAGCUUUCAAAUGGUAUUAUAGGCCUCAAGUAUAGGUGCUGUAAAUAGAUCUAUUUUUAGAAUUUUAUAUAAUUAUCAUAAUGUAUACUUUAAAGUAAAUUUUAAAAUAAAAUUAUUAUCAAUUCAA